AAAAAAAUAAACAAAACAAUGCGACCCAUUAAACAAAACUCUCUUGUAUCCAGUUUAAAAUAUCAACGAAGCCAUCACCAGAAUAAUUAGUCACAGUCACGGCCCGAGAGCUCCCCUGAUCGCCUCUUCGGCCAAUAGAAGAAGAAAAAAAACGCAAAUGGGAAAAGAAAGAACAGAAAAAAAAGCCGGAGAAAACGUUUCCUUUCCCGCGACGUACGCCGUGGCGUCGCGUGGUGUCCGGGCCCAGCAGAAGGGGAUGUGUUAAAAGCGACGCAAGUAGGGCGUCUCAGGAGGUUCUUCGGUCGCCCGAGAGCCGCACACGACGUCUUCUAGAGGCGCUGCCUUCGGCCGUUUAGCGUUUAUCAUCAACACUUUUAGUUUAAGUCGUGCCGCGCCGCGAUGGUUUAGUUUUUCGCGGAUUUUUCCAGGUUUUUUUUCGGAUAGCGAUUUUCGCGCGGUGCAGCAGGUUUUUCUUUUGGUUUGGGAUGGUUGCGCCCCGCUUCGCACUCAAUCGGUGGUUUUGACGUACGAAAGGUGGACAAACGAAACAUUGUUGGAAUGAAACCCACAUGUCGUAAUCGCGAAAUUCCACGAUGCGACCGCCAGACAAUCGCCAACUCGCCCCGCCUAGAGCCGGAAAGCAAUUCGAAGAUGAGCUCCAAUUGCACUAUCUAUCGCCCGGAGCGUUCACCGUCCUGGCCCCGGACAACCGGAGGCGACCCGACCCGCCACCGGCACCAGAACCUUACAGGUACACCUCGACGACCCGGCGCAAUAAAAACCAAUCGUUCGCCGUCAUAGCGGACUCGGACACCAGCCGGCCGCCGUCGAGGAGCUCGUCGCCUUCGGGCCGCGUGAGCCCCUUCAAAGGGCGCGGAUUCAACCCGGCCGGGUCCAGGCACGCCUCGCCGCCGCCGCCGCCGGAGGACGUGCGGCUCAGCCCGCAGACGCUCUCGCCCAAGCACGCCUCCAAGAUACCCCAGCUGAAGAGGAAGAACAGCAACUGCGCCUUCGGCGAGAAGGUCCACCAUCACGACCUUCCCCCAGCGCAGAAGAGGAUUAACAAGAGAUUGAGCCAAAGUUUGUCCGAUAUAGACACCGAUUCGGAUCGAGCGCUACAACAGAGAGGUAGACCACCGCCUAAUCCUACUAGAAAGCCCGUCUACAAUAAACAACCGGCGUUCCAGAGGCUUUCUCCGAUAGUAGGCAGUUCUCCAGAACCCAGCGUAACAUCGCCGUCUAGAAUACCAAGGAGUCGCAGUACGCCGCCCAGCAGGAAAACCUCGCCGACGAGGGGCGGCGCUCAUUACCGCCCUCCUCCGGCUUCUAAGACGUCAGUGUUGAGGCGCUCCAGGAACCGGAUGAACACCACCACCAGCUCCAGCAGGGACUCCAGUCCGGUGAAGAAUGUGGCGUCGCCGACGCGCGCUUCCUCCAGGAAAUACAAAAACGUGCAGGCUAAAGUGAACUCGUUCAGCAAACCCAAAUCAAAAGUGCUUCCGAAGGACCAGUCCGACGAAUCCGACGCCCCGACCGCCCGACAGAAACCCCCUCUGACGCGGAAAGAUAGUACCAACCGAUCACAAUCUAACCUAUUGCCAAAUACGAUAAUGCCUUCUAACAAUAAUUACACUAGUGAUAGUUCUUCUAGUACCGUCGUUAUUACCAAGAAUCCCAAACCCGAGGAACUCGUUGUUAUGAAACCUAAUACUAACAAACCUAGUGAAGUUACAACAGAAUCUGAUAAGAUUACUAAAAACACUAACACUCCCGCUAAAAUUCAACUACCAUCCACCACAACCGUGGUGUCUAACACCACUUCCACGGUCGCCCAACCGCUGAAAAUCGACGCCAGAGUACCGCAGUACUACGAGGAAACCAGGGCAAUCUCCCCGAUGGUGGACGGGAGGGUGUUGAGCGCCACCAGCGUGACUCACGCCAUCAACAAAAUGAACGACACCGUGCUGGACACCCAGACUCUCAUGAAAGACUCCCACCAUUUGUCGAAGCUAUCCCCAGCGGCCAGUGCUAUCAUAUCCAUGGCGAACGAGAGCAAGCCGGAGCAGCCCGAGGGCAAGUUCACCACGACCGCCUUGCCCAAGGUGGAGCCGGUGCACAAGCCCGUCAAUCACGUGGUGCACGUGAUGAGCUCCAGGCAGCUGGAGGAGGAGAUCCAGAAGCACAUGCACAAGUCGGCGGAUUUGACCAAGCCGGUGAACGACAGGGUGAAGGAGGCGCGGACUGUGGUGGCUUCGGACGUGAAACCCAUCAGGAUAACGGUGAGGGAGAAGCCUUCGGAUGAUGGAGUGCAAAGCGGUAACGUCAGAGUGGCUAAUGGAUUGGGAUCGAACGACCGGCCCGGCUUGCCGCCUACGCAGGACACGCCGCCCAAUGAACCGGAAAAGGAAGAGGAAACACCGCCGAAGAACGCCUGCUCCAGAUUCUUCGCCGGCUGCAAAUCGAAAAUGUGCGCCGGUUGCGCCUCCAAGAAACCGCCGGCCGCCGCGAAACCAAAGACUGACAUUAGCUGCUUAAGUUGCUUCAAAAAGAAGCCGGAAUCCACUUCCAUCGUCAUCGAGGAAACCGACGACAAGAAGCCCGGCUUCCUCCAACGCCUCAACUGCUUCAAGAAGCAGAAAAUCGGCGACGUCUCCUCCUGCUUCCCCACCGGAAAGAGGAAGGGCAGCUGGGUGGAGCGGGCUGGAAGCCUAUCACAACCUGCCAGAAAAAAGUGCUCCAAACAAUGCUGCAAAAAUUUCCUGCGGACGAUAUUCUGCGUGACAUUGUGCGCGAGCUGCUGUAAAUGCUGCAAGAAAAAACCGGUCGAAGUGCCCGAACGAAAGGACUCCAUCAUCAGCAAGAAGAAGAGUUUAACUCCCACCACGGCUCCACCGCCGGAGGAAGUACCGAAAAUCGAUUUGAGCUUGGUGGAGCACUCUUCUCACAUGAAAGGGGCCAUACCCAUACUUCCGAUUUGCUUGGCUUGGUUCUGCCUGGUGAUGAAUUGCAUCGCUCCUGGCACAGGAACGGUAAUCAGUGGAUUGCUAUGCCUUUGCAUCGGUAUACCGAGGUUCUCGCAGAAAGACGGCCCCAAGUCCCGAAUCGGCGCCUUCAUCAUAGAUCUGAUCAUAGGAUUCAGUCAGUUUUUCACAGUGCUCUUCUGUUUGGUGGGAUGGGGAUGGUCCAUAUGGUGGGGUAUUAUAAUGGUGAAGAUUUCGAAAAAACACAAGAGGUUCAAGCAACUGGAGGCCUUCGAACAAGCGAGCUCGGUGCCCGGUACUACUCCCAAUCCGCGACAACGGGACCCGGAGAGGCGUUAGAGGGAUGAGAAGUUCGUUUUUGAAAAUUUUGUACUGUUAAAAGGGCUAGGUGAACGGAAAUUAGAGUAAUAAAAGUUAACCUAUAAAAAAUUCGUCUAGCGCUCGACAUAUUUGGAGAUUUAAGAAAAUUGUUGAGUCAUUUUUGCUGGUCGAAAAUGUCAUUAUAGCGAACAUAGAGAGAUUAUGGCAAUAUUUUUUGUAUCUAAUAAAGACCUAGUAAUAAUGUUUGUUAUAAAUUUUGUAAAAACUGUAUAUAAGCGUUUCGAACCACAAAAAUUUGUUCACGAAAUGAGUAUACUUUGUUUAUUGGUUAUUGUAUUAAUAAAUUAAUUUAAACGGUUUCAUAGAGCUUUGUUUAAUUUGAGAAGAGGGAGAAUAUUUUUAUAAAUCACUGUAAUAAAAAAACAGCGCAUUAAUGCACAAACGGAGAACUCGAGUAGUUGCAGAGAUGUAGUAAAAAACUGGAAUAAAACACUUUUUUUCCAACUUGUUUAUCGAUCGAUAUAAAGUAAUUUUUUCAGUUAAAAUCUUAAAUUCAACAAAGCUUCCGAACGUUUUUAACAUAUUUAGUAAACGUUUAAAGCACAAUUAUAAAAUUACUAAACCUGAUGAAAACAAAAAACCUAAUUCGUUGUGCAAAAUACUAAACCAUUACUAAUAAGAAAUUAAUCGAGAUUUUUUUAUGUAUUUUAUUUCGUUUCUUAAAUGAGUCACGAAUAAUUUUGAUGUAACAGAGUUAGAUGUACCUACUUGAUUAUUACCAAUAUAAUAAAUACGUAAAAUGUGUAGAUAAUUUUUUGCAGUAGAUCUCCGAAUUUGGUGAAAAUUUCUUAUAUUAGAGGUACAGUGCAAAUUUGGGCUAACUCUGCAUCGAAUUUAUUAAGUCUUCUAUAUAAAAAGAUAUUUUCUUACCUGUAAAUUUAUACAUAUUUUGAAUAAAAUCCUCCGUUUACUGAUGCUCGUUUCAAUGCACAAUGUCCCUUUUCGCGAAUUUUUCACCACAAAAAAACAUUAUGAAGCACAUAGGAGUUUAUUUUAUGUAUGUUUUUAUUCAGUUAUACACAUUUUUGGAAGUAAACAUAUGUACAAAUUCUGUUAGCGAGACCAACUAUAUAAAAUACAAACUGCAGUAAAUAACAAUCAGGUACUCUUUGAUUUCACGCCGCGAGUAAACUGUGAAUGUUUCGCGUUAUGAUAACGUCAAAAACGGCGCGACGUUGCCAAUACGCCUUAUUUAAGUAAGUUAACUGAAAAAUUACUAAAUACUAUUUUUUUAGUAGUAAAUAAACAAUGAAAUAAAAAUUUUAAUACCAAUUAUUUAUAUUUUUAGUUUAUAUUGUUCAAUCGUGAGCGUUUUAAAAUGGAAUUAAUGAAAAUUAACCAAGUAUUAUGUUUUACAAACCAGUUCAAUCGCAGCCUAAAAAUCAAAGAUUACCAACAAUUAAUCGAUAUAAAUAUUAUAUUCAAUCUACUUUUAAGGAUCCUCGUCCAGUUAACCGAAAAACAAAAAGAAACAGCAUGUAGAGCAAUUAUAGAGAGCUACUUUAUCUUAAUAUUACAUAUCGCAUCCUUUCGAAACCUACAACACUUCCAUAUUUAUGGGCUGUUUAACAGCCAAAGUGAUAUGUCUAGCAAAAUACGUUUUAAUCGCCACUCUAGACUCGAUACAUUUACACGGGAUAAAAUGAAUUUGUCAAGCAAACAACGGCAUGAAUAAUGUAAUUAUCUUUUUUAAAUCCUACAAGAAACGGUUUUGUUCAAUUUAAACUAUAACUAUUUUCAACGGUGAGCACUCGAAGUUCACUAAAGGGAACCCGCUAAAGCAUAAUAUCAACUUUUUUUACCAGCAAAUUUUGUUCAAUUACGAAUGAAAUAUCAAAUUAACGAUAGGAGUAAAAUUCAAUCGAGUUCAAUGCCCAGGUUAUCGCCAAUUCGGUAAAUAAAAUUUUUCACCGGACAUUAAGCUUAACAUAUCUACUAAAUUACGCACAACUUUUCUUCUAUCACAUCUACUACAAUACCUUUCACUUGCCUUGUAUAAAUCAUAUUGCCUGUAAUAAUAAUGUCCGCUUAUAUACAGAAUGGACUGAAAAAUAUUCUACAAAUGAACGCUGAAACGUGUACAAAGAGAGUUUAAUUCAAAACAAGCCGUUAAUUGGAAGACAAAAUUACUGAAAAUUAUUAGAUAGAAUAAAAAAUUGUCUUCUGUAUAAUUAAAAUAACACAUUAAACCCAAUUUCAAAUUAUAAAUAUAAUAAAUAAGAAAUAAACGUUGGUAUAUUUUGGUCCACCUUGUAUAUAAUAAUCGCGGCCGUGAUCUCACUGACAGAAGUAGAUUGACAUGGUGCUAAAAAUUAGGGAGGAAAUCUUGACCGUCUUCUUCCAAAUGGAGCUAAUACAAAAAAAAUUCCCCGACUUCGUAUGCCGGAAACAAUACAGUUCCAUAAGUUAAAAACAAAUGUAAAAUAAUAAAAAGUAUCACUUUUUUUUAACAAUGAACAAAAAUUAACAUGUACACAAAAAAAAUUAAAGGCUUGCGUUGCGCUCAAAGUUCAAAAUUAAAAUGGCCGUUUUGUAUUUCGAUGCAUACAUCUUUAGAUAAUCAAAGAGCGAAUUUGUCAAGAUUAACCUUACAAAUCGGGAAUUAUCACAUUUUGAAACUGUUAUGAUUAGUUAAAGAUGUAUAAUAACAAUAGUUUAGUAAUUUUUGGAUGAGAUAAUUUGAGUACUACGCAAGCUACAGUUUUCACAGCUCUUCGAAAAAGCAAAAACAGUGCAAAACUGCUUCAGACCUAUAUAUUACACCGAAACACUCUUAUUUUUAGAAAACGAUUUCGAUUAAAUAAAAAGGAUUUUAUAGGAGAGCGCUAUUUAUUUAAUAUAAACAUAUCUCUGAAAUAAUUCAUUUUCUAAAAAUAAGUACUGGGCAUCGAAUUGCCUAUUAUAUUUCUCUUUCUCGUGGUAAAAACUAUUAACAAACAACUAUUUCUUCGUCGGAGUACCUCUUUGGGUUAGACCUUCGAACCUCUUAAACGUAUAGUUUAUGAACACCCAAUCCUUGUAAUUAACAUCACCGUCUUGAGAUAGGGGCGCAGAUGCUUAAAAACAAAAAACAAAUACGUUUACAUUAACAAGUACAAUACUAAGUCGUUUAAUAAACUCACGAAUUUCCAGUUUGACAUCGGGAAAAUCGUCGAAAUUCGACGUAUCAUCUAUCGAUUUCACUUCCACCGGUAUAGCAGCAGGCCUUUCCCUGAUGUGUUCCCAAUCCACACCUCGGAAGAACUGAUUCAAUUUCAGAUCCUCCAAACCUUUUUGAGAUCCUAGUCUUCUGUCUGCCUCGCAACAGAAU